AUGAAAAGAAAGAAACACUAUAUCGAUGUUGUUGUUGAUGUUGUUGACGGAAAGACCUCGCAUCGGAUACUUUUCUCCUUCAUUCUAUUCUACUCUGCUUUAUCUACUCUCUUUACAAUUCGAUUAAUGCUCACACAAUUGAUUAAAGAUUUAAGUUAUAGCCUGUUUGUUGCGAUCGAUCGAUCGAUUUUUACUACGAUAAAGUUACAAAAUGCUUGGAACCACCAACUAUAA